ACGCGCGCGAAAUAGCCUUGCAAUGCAUUGCACAAUCCCCACCUGUCUUGCUGCAUUAUGACCCGUAAUGUUCAGCCAUAUGCUUCUCCCCGCCAGGAGUCUAUCUUCGACACUCCUGAUGACGUUUGGAUGAGGGAACAACCAGUGGAGGACAGUUGAGAGCUAAUACUGGUUGUGGGUAGUGGUGGUGACGAAUUUAAUCAUGAGGUUUGGCGCGAGGACCGCUCUAAUGUCCGGGGAGCUUCCAUUGACCAGAGCACGACGCAAUCUGAGUAUCAUCGAGGCUCUUUCUCGGGAUAUCCCCCGGAGGUGAUGGGCGCCCCGUCCUAUUCGAUUGAACAGCAUGAAGCUCCUGUUGGAUUUUUUCCAAGCCCUACCCUUCCCUAUCAGUCCACAGCCUUGCACCAGUGGGCUUCUCACUGGGCUGACCGGGGCCUUGCUCCUAUUGUCCCGUCUUCUUUGACUGGCGAUGCAGCGCUGGGAUCCGACGUUUACAACUCCUCUGCCCUGCUCCAGUCGCCCACUCAGUUGGCCACCGCAGCAACCUCUAGGGUUGUGCAAGAGAUUCCUACCCAGCUGGCCUGCCAAGUCGUUGACCGAGGGCCUUUCUAUGCCAUUGCUGAGAGCAGCAAUUUGAACCCAGUGAACCCGUCAGAUACCACACUUUUUGCAUCUGAAAUCGCGCAUGCGCCGUCUGCAAGUGGAAUUGCUCAGAGCCCCUUCCAACCAAUCCAGCCAAAGCCAACGCAGCAGCAGAGCCCAGAGCCAAGUCCCGCAGCGCUAACAAAGCCGUUCCGUUGCAAAAAGUGUCCGAAGAGCUACGGUUCCCAGGGGGCAUUUAGAAGGCACGAUGUGGGGGUGCACGGUGUAGGGAGGAGAACUGGUGGUCGACCUUCGAAUAACUCGAGGCGACUAAUUUGAAUACUGUGGAGGUCAAAAAUUUGGCUAUCUGCUU